AUGUUGCGUCGACUUGUCGCACACGCCGUGGCGCCGGCAGCCCUGUGCCGUCACCUUACCGUCAGCGCCGACAUCCGCGAAGGCCUAACCAAGCCGCUCAGCUCUUUGAAGGAAGAGUGCAAAGGGCAGAACCUUGACUUGGCGGACAUGGCUGAGGCGAUGAAGGGCGCGACAUACAAGUUCCAGGAAGUCAUCAAGAAGAGCGCCGUCGAUGACAGGCAGUUCAAAGGGAAAGCGGCGACGCUUUCCGCCUCGUUGAAGGCGUACAACACACGGCUCGCCAACCUGCAGAACGAGACGCGCUCCAUCCAGGCUGAAAUUGAUGCCAUCAUGAAGUUGCUGUGGGGCACGGAGAGACCGGAGGGCGCCAACUUCGCAACGCCUCCAGCGGAAAAUGCGUCCACCCCCACGGACGACUUCGAGGUGGAGCCGCCACCGAUCGCGCGCGCACUUGGAGAGGCGACGCAGUCUGCAUCGUCGAGCGCAGCACCUCCUAAGCUCAACGUGGAGCGCGUCGAGGGAGAGCGCGUAGAGACGACGGCUAGGAUGGACACUUCCUCGUCCGCAGGCGCCAGCAAGGAGGAGGAGAUCGAGGUGGAGACUAUCGAAGUCGACGUCGAGCCGCCGGCUCAGGAGGACCCGGUUGAGACAAUGAAGGUGACAGACAUCACGAAGGAACUCUAUGAGCGUGGCGUCAACUUCUCCGACUGCAUGGACGCGCGCACGCUGCGGCAGCGCUACCGCGAUGUGCUGAGCGGCAAGACCCCCACGGCAGCCAAUCAACCCUCCUCAUCAACUUCAAAGGGCUUUACGGAGCCUCUGAGUAUGAACACGAACCAGCCGCGCAUGCCCCAGAGCGUGCCACCUCAGCAAAACCAGUACCAGUACCAGCAACAACAGCAAUCGAGCACCAACAACGCGGGCAGCGGGAUCACCAACGACCCUUACCCCAACGCGCACCGCAAGAUGGUGGAUCCGAUGAAGUUUGUCUACCAGAUUAAGCAGGAGUUGGCGCUGGAGAAGGGCAUCGACGCCGGUGCAGUGGACUUGUGGAGCGGCAAGAUCAAACUGGAUGACAACAAGCGUCUGUAUGACUAUCCCUCCAUUCAGAGCUACCCGAUCGAGGUUCGGCAGAAAGGCGAUGUACCGGCAUGA